AGCUCGAUCAUUGCGAUUUGCUCGGAAGCUGCUACUGACUGGGUAGUUCAACAAACAGGGAAUACAUGCUAUUCUGAUCUCAGCGCAUCAAUCGCGUCCAUGAUCAUCAGUCAGCUAACGUUGGACAAGGGGUUUAGUUCGAAGAGAGCCCCUGAGCCGAAUUUUGAGACAGCAUGGAUGUAUUACGAAGCGUAUUUUCAACAGGCUGACUCUGUGUUUCGUGUUAUAAACCGUCCUGUGUUUGAAGCUCGCCUGCGUGGGACUUUCAAUAAAGACGAGACGUCGGUUGAUGACCCGGCUUGGUACGCACUCCGUAAUACGGUUUACGCGGCUGGGAAACGACAGUUGCUCAACAACAGCCCGGCUCAGCUCAGUUUCUCUCAUAUCCAAUCCAAAUGCUGGCCCUAUUUUGAAAACGCCAUGGCUGUAUACUCUGAGAUCCUCUUCUCAAGGGUCGAGAUCUUAGGUGUACAAGCGUUGAUUGCGAUGGCCAUGUUUGUAGAGGGACUUGGAAGCCCUAACUUGCAAUACAUGCUCUGUGCAAGUGCGUCUCGUCUGGCACAGUCCCAAGGGUUACAUCGAGACCCUCCAUCCAGUUGGAACCUAUCCAAAGCUCAGAGAGCACAGAGAAGUCUUCUCUUCUGGACAAUAUAUGCUUAUGAUAAGCACAUAUCAUUACGCGCUGGGCGGCCAUCGGUUGUUCACCACGCUCGUCUAUCCUCCGAAGUGACGCACUGGUUAUCAACCUUCCAGAGCGACAACGUUACCCUCCGGGAAUCCAUUCGAAAGUUGCAAAGUCUCAACGAUCAAUUGACCGCAUGGAUUCGCUCCCUCCCAGCGCCUCUCCGCCCGGGUCCUGACUUGAAGCGAACAUCAACCACCAGCAUAAAGCUGCAUAUUAACCAAACCAUCUACAUUCACUACGCACUCCACGGCACCAUAAUUGCGCUGAAUUCAUCUUUUGCUUGGCCAUGGCUGGCUGAAAGCCUGAGGCCUAAGAAUAUCGUUCUUUACGAAAGCCAGUCUCAGAAAAGUACACUGCUGGUGAUGAGCGCAGCGCGAGCAAUUAUUAAAUUGACACAUUUUAUCGACAUUGACUGCGCUACGCCUGUUUGGUUGUCAUUCUAUUACCCCUUGAUCGCCAUACUCAAUCUAUUCAUCCACAUUCUUCGUUUUCCAAACUUACCCACCGUUCAAGCAGAUCUUGCGCUCCUGGACAUCGCCACAGGCUAUUUUAGUCGCGUGGAACUGGCAACUGGCGCUUCAAUGUCAUUUCGAUUUGUACGCGAUCUUUCCAAAUGCGCCCAGGAUGUUGUU